AUGAUCACCUCUGUCAACCUGUUUAGUGGUCUAGCGGGCUUCUAUAUCAUCGAAGACGCCGAGGUGGAGGCCCGACUUGGCCUUCCUCAAGGCAAAUACGACAUUCCGCUCGCCCUCAACUCAAAGCAAUACACUUCCACCGGCAAUCUUACUUCGGUAGCUCAAGAGACUAGCAGCGUCUACGGUGAUAUCAUCGAAGUGAACGGCCAACCUUGGCCGUUCCUAUCUGUCGAGCCCAGAAAAUACCGAUUUCGAUUUCUAAACUCAGCUCUUAGUCGAACCUUUAUCCUCAGUAUAAUGGAUAGCAGCAGCGGAAACACAUUGCCCCUCCAAGUUGUCGCAUCGGACUCUGGAUUUUUGAGUACCACAGCGACGACCACUGAGUUGACGACCGCCAUGGCAGAGAGAUGGGAAGUGGUUGUCGACUUUUCGGGUUUUGAGAACCGCAAUCUGACUCUUAUGAACCAGCGAAAUGUUUUUGACUCUCAGGACUUUUCAGAGACUAAUCUCGUCAUGCAAUUCAACGUGGGAUCAACAGUUUCUUCCGGCGCCAACAAUAACUCGCCUCCGUCAUCCUUAAUCUCAAUAAGCUCCCCACCAACUGGCACGCUGGUUCACCGGACAUUCAAGUUUGACAAAUCGGACGACGAGUGGGUAAUUAAUGGUGUGCCAUUUACCGAUGUCAAGAACAGAGUCCUUGCAGCACCUCAAUCAGGAGCCUCGGAAGUUUGGGUCCUGGAGAAUCAUAACCCCUACUGGAGCCAUCCGAUCCACGUCCACCUGGUGGAUUUCCAGCUCAUCUCCCGCUCGGGCGGCCGCAACACCGUCGAGCCUUACGAGAAAGCAGCCCUCAAAGACAUCGCCGUGCUCGGCCCAGAAGAAACAGUCACAAUCGCAGUCUCCUUUGCCCCGUUUUCUGGCGUGUACAUGUUCCACUGCCACAACGCCAUCCACGAAGAUCACGCCAUGAUGGACGCUUUUAACCUCACGGCCGUUCAGGGGCUGGGUUACAAUGCGUCAGACCUGAUGCUUGCUGACCCAUUGGAUGCCGAGUGGCGCGCAAAGAGCUAUUCUGACGCAGUUGCUCAGUCGAGCGUAGACGAUGUGUUGUCAUCUUUUGCCGCAACCGGGGCGUAUAAUGAAGAUGUGUCAACGGAAGCAGUUGACCAAACUUCUGGAGGUGACUUUGCUUAUCCUCAGUCUGCGACUUUGUAUGCAGUCGGUCUUUUGCUUUGGGUUUUCAUUUGA